AUGGCUUCGUUUAUUCCUUUUGAAAGUAUCAGAGUAAAAGACGCUAAGAGGGAGGAAAAACGGAAAGCAAGGGCUGUCGUUUUGGAAAAUGCAAAGAAGGACUAUGAAAAAGCUGAGUGGAGAAAAGAACAAGCAAAACUACGAGGAGAAGAUAAAUGGAUGUUACCAACAAUUCAACAAAGACUUGAUAAAGAAGAAAAGGAAAUGGGAAAAUUUAAAAAGUCGAAGAAACAUAAGAAAGAAAAGAAGAAAAAGAAGAAAGUGAAAAAAGAGAAAAACAGAAAGAAAAAAGACUACAGUGGAUCUGACAGUGAACAAUCAUCUGACAGCGACAAUGAUGCAGAUAUCUGGGUUGAGAAACAAAAGGAUAGCAAUACGUCUGUAGAAGAAAAGGGAAUAGCUGUGAAAGGGCCACAACUCCAGCGAGACAGUUGGAUGGAUGCUCCCACAGAUUUGAUUCCUUUGACAUCACGACAGGAAAUAAGGGAGCGUAUUAAGCAAGACAAGGAAGAGAAAGAGAAACAAAAAAACCUUCUGGAUCAGCCAGGGCAGCAUGCUUUAGAACUAAAUCCAUAUUGGAAGGAGGGAGGAACUGGGUUACCUGAGACAGAGAAGAAAAAAGACAAGCCUUCUAAAGUGAUGGGAGAUGGAGGCUUGUCCUGGAUACGAAAGUCCUAUGAUAGGUGUGUCCAAAAGGCCAGGGAAGAGAACAGAACUUUGGAGGAUGUUGCUGCUGAAACACAUGGAUCAUUGGAAGCUUUACAACAGACAUUAGCUGCUGCAGAAAAAGCAAACAAAGAGAUGAGGAAGGGACAGGAGGAAAAUAUUAGAUCAUCUGAAUCAAGAGAAAACUACAAAAAGUCACGCAACAGCAACAAUAAUGGGGAUCCAAUGAUGACUAGUAGGAAAAAGACUUUUUGGAAGCCCGGCAACAGUGAUAGUGAACAGACAUCAACUUUUCAUAGGAGGUCAAGGUCAAAAUCAAAUGACCGAUAUAAGUCAAGGAGAAGGCAUUCAAAAUCUAGGUCGAGAUCACGAUCAAGGGAAAGGUCAAGAAGGUCAAGGUCAAAAUCAAAUGGCCCAUAUCGGUCAAGAAGAAGACAUUCAGAAUCUAGGUCAAGGUCAAGAGAGAAGUAUAGAUCAAGAAGGUCAAGGUCAAAUUCAAGGGAAAGAUACAGAUCUAGAAAUUUGUCAAGAGAGAGACAUAGGUCAAGAUCAAGAGAUGCAGAUAGAACAAUGUCAAGGUCAAAUUCAAAUUCUAGAAAUAGGCGAUCUGAAAGAUCAAGAUCACAUGAAAGGGAAUCGAGGGAGAAAAAUAAUUUAAAGAAAAGAUUUAUGAGACCAGGAGAUAGUGAUGAAGAAGUUAAAACCCCACCAAGGUCAAAGUUUAUGAGACCAUCAGAAAAUGAUGAGGAAUCCUACAAUAAGUCUUAUUCAGACAAGAACUCUUCGAGGGGAGAUAAUUACACACCAUCAUGGAAGAAAAAGGAGUUCAUGAAACCAAAAGAAUGUGAUAAAGUGUUGUCAAAAAUGUCAGACAGUAAACCUUCCAAUGAUAAACAGCAGCGUUCUUCUUCAGUAUCCAGUACAUCUUCAGAGAGUAGUGCAUCAUCUGAAUCCGAGUCUGAUCAAGAGGAGGCAAUAACAAAGAAACCAGUCAUCAAACAAGAAAUCAAGAUUCUAACAGAACAGGAAAUGAACCAACUCGGAGCGAAACUAGUCAAAGCAGAGUUAAUGGGGAAUGAGGCAAUGGCAUCUAAAAUCAAAGCACAGAUGGAAGCCUCUCGUAAGCUGAAGGAAGAAUACAAGGAUAGACCACAACCAUCUGUGGAGAUGGAAGAGGAAGGGGAGGAAGGGGAUAGUGAUGUAGUUCUCACCCGAACAGGACGUGAUGGAAUGGUCCGUCCACUCCCUGACAGCCAACACCCUAAGGAGCACGGCAAACGUAGGAGGAAGAAAGAGAAGGUGGAUACUCAUGACAAGACCGGAGGCAGACAGAGAUACUUUGAUGAUGAUGAUAAAUUUGAUUUGAAUACUUUGGUACGACGGGAAAAAAUGGGUACCGCGGAGGAUCAGAACUCCAUGUUUGCCAGGCUAGCUGGAAGGGCUGUUGAGAAGACAGAUGAUGAAUACCAACUGGAUGACAUGUUCAUGUCAAGAGCUUCAAAGAAGCAGUCAGACUCACGUACAGAAGAAAGGGAACGGACUUUAGCUAUUGGAGAGCAUAGAAAAAUGGCUGCUGCUAUGGAAAGAUGUGAAUUUUGUUUUGGCAGUGUCCCAAAACACCUAAUUAUUGCAAUUGGAAAAAAGGUAUAUCUGUGUAUGCCUAACCAUCGCUCCUUGACUGAAGGCCACUGUUUGGUAGUCCCUAUGCAGCAUGUAACCUCUAGUACAGCCAUGGAUGAGGAUGUUUGGAAUGAAGUACAGCUGUUCAGAAAGACUUUGACUAAGUUGUUUGAAAACAUGGACAUGGAUGUGGUAUUCAUGGAAACAAGUAUGGGACUGAAGUAUUUCCCUCACAUGCACCUAGAGUGUGUACCCAUGCCGAGGGAGACAGGUGAUCUAGCACCUAUUUAUUUCAAGAAAGCGAUUCAGGAAUCAGAGACAGAAUGGUCACAGAACAUAAAGGUCGUAGAUCUGAGCCAGAAGAACAUCAGAAGGGCUAUACCAAAGGGAUUCCCAUUCUUUAGUGUGGACUUCGGCCUACAAGGAGGAUUUGCUCAUGUUAUUGAAGAUGAGAAUGUUUUUCCAAAGUAUUUUGGGAAAGAAAUCAUUGGUGGAAUGUUGGAUGUGGAACCAAGGAUAUGGAGAAAAAACCAGAAGGAAAACUUUGAUGAUCAGAGGAAGAAAGUUCUGCAGUUUUCUGAGUGGUGGAAACCAUAUGAUUGGACACAAAAUGAUGACGACUGAUGUUUAAAGUAUAUAGAUAAUUUGUUAAUACUAUGUCACUCCUGUCUGUGAAUCCAUAUGUAUGUUUCUGGUUAAUAUGAACCAUUAACCAGUAUAUAUAUUUCUGUUAUAGAUAAAAGUGGCUAUAUAAACCACCAAUAUCUUUAUAAUAUAAAGUUGUGAAAUUAUGUCAUUGAACAGUGAUGUUUAGAGUCACCAUUUGUUAAGUGACUUCAUAAUAUGAAAGGUCAGUGAGUGCAUCAUUGUUGGCUAAGUUUAGGUAGCUUGAGUACUCAUAUUUUACAUGUAUAUCAUACAUACAUCAUUGAGGCAUGAGAAGAUGUGAUAUAUCAUUAAUCAUCAUUGUCUGUCCCAAUUGUCUCCUUCCAAUCGUGUUUUAACUUGGAUGGGGAAGGAGAUUACUGUUAACCAAAUGUCAGGUGCUUUAACAUAUUUGUUCAACACAAAGAAUAAUGUGAUGAUGAAUGAUGCUGAUGAUUUUUUUUCAGAACUAAAAGAUUUAUGUGGAUGUAAUCAUGUUUUGACCAUUUGUAUUGGUCAGGAUUAGUGAUGCUCCAAAUGUGUUAGCGAUGAAUCAUAGAAAAUAACAAUUUAUUGAAGUAAAU